GCAGUUGGUUUUAUUUUUGGUUUUUUGUCAAACAGAAAGAAAGAAAGAAAAGGCUCGAGCUCGAUCGAUCGAUCCGAGUCCUCUUCUCUUUAUAGGCAGCCAUCAAGAACUACCUCCAGCAUUAAGCAAGGAAACAGUGAGUGUGAGAGUAGUGGUAAGAGCCCAUGAUGCCGCCGCCCUUCCGAUCUCUCCUCCUCAUCGUCCUUCCCCUCGCCCUCCUCCUCCUCCUCGCCUCCGCCUCCGACGACGACCUCGACUACCUCAUCGACAACGCCGACGACAUCCCUGCCAACGACCCCGACGGCUGGCUCCAAGAAGGCUCCCCCGACGACGACGACGAUGACGACGACCUCUUUCACCAUGACCAUGACCUGCCGCCCGUCGACGAGACCCACGUCGUCCUCCUCUCCGCCGCCAACUUCUCCGACUUCCUCGCCUCCCGCCGCCACGUCAUGGUCGAGUUCUACGCCCCCUGGUGCGCCCAUUGCCAGGCGCUCGCCCCGGACUACGCCGCCGCCGCCGCCGACCUUGCCCCUCUCGCCCAUGAAGUCGCCCUGGCCAAGGUCGAUGCCACCGAGGACACUGAUCUCGCCCAAAAGUACGACGUACAGGGAUUCCCCACCAUCCUCUUCUUCAUCGACGGCGUUCCCAAGGACUACAACGGCGCAAGAACCAAGGAAGCCAUCGUAUCGUGGAUCAACAAGAAGCUAGGUCCCGGGGUGCACAACAUCACCACCGUCGACGAGGCAGAGAAGAUACUUACCGGGGAGGACAAGGCCGUUCUUGCCUUCCUCGACUCCCUAUUGGGUCCUCACAGUAACGAGAUUACUGCUGCUUCGAGGCUGGAAGAUGCUGUCAGCUUUUACCAGACUUCUAAUCCUGAUGUUGCUAAGCUUUUUCACAUUGACCCAGCGGCCAACCGCCCGUCCCUAGUCUUUCUCAAGAAACAAGAGGAGGAGAAGUUGACCUUCUAUGAUGGGCAGUUCAAAGCAUCUGCAAUUGCCGAUUUUGUAUCCGCAAACAAGCUUCCUUUGGUCAUCACCCUCACACAGGAAACCGCGCCUUCCAUUUUUGACAAUCCAAUCAAGAAGCAGAUUUUACUAUUUGUUGUUGCAAAUGAAUCAUCGAGAUUUCUUCCCACCUUUAAGGAAGCAGCAAAAUCAUUCAAGGGGAAGCUUUUAUUUGUAUUUGUGGAGCGUGACAACGAGGAAGUAGGUGAACCAGUUGCCAACUACUUUGGUAUCACUGGACAAGAGACCACAGUUCUUGCUUACACUGGGAAUGAAGAUGCUAGGAAAUUUUUCCUUGAUGGUGAAAUGUCGGUAGAGAAUAUUAAGAGAUUUGCUGAGGAUUUCUUGGAGGAAAAGCUGACACCAUUCUACAAGUCUGAACCUGUACCUGAAUCUAAUGAUGGAGAUGUCAAAAUCGUUGUUGGGAAAAACCUAGAUCAGAUAGUUUUGGAUGAAUCAAAAGAUGUCCUUUUGGAGAUAUAUGCACCAUGGUGUGGGCAUUGUCAGUCACUGGAGCCUACUUACAACAAGCUAGGGAAGCAUCUCCGUGGCAUCAACUCCCUUGUAAUAGCCAAAAUGGAUGGCACUGCCAAUGAGCAUCCGCGAGCAAAGCCUGAUGGAUUCCCAACGAUCCUCUUUUAUCCAGCAGGAAAAAAAAGUUUUGAGCCUAUUACUUUUGAGGGGGACCGUACGGUGGUGGAGAUGUACAAGUUCAUCAAGAAUCAUGCUAGCAUCCCUUUCAAGCUGAAGCGCGCGGAUUCGUCAGCGACGACGAAGAAAACAGACAACAGUCAGAGCACAGCUUCGACUACGACUACGGGGAAGAGGAGCUCCGGUACAAAUUUGAAGGAUGAGUUGUAGGGCAUUGCAACAUCUUUGAUUAGCUAGCUCUAGUUAUUCUCUAUGUAUGUGGAGGAAUCCAGAGGUGGUUUCUACUUUCUAGAGAGACUUGGAUGUGCAUGUUGCCAUGUUGAGAUAGAUAAAUCGGAUCGAAUAAAAGCAAAUUUAAUGGCUUCGGUAUUCAA